UUUUUUUUUGUAUUGGAUCACAUUAGCCGGUGCUAGUGUCCCUAAUAUUCUGACCCAUCGGUUUGCGAAUGCCCCUCCUCGUCGUUUCCAAACGCCGUCACCUCAGCGGAAGUCUACAAACACACGCUCGGGUCUUUGACGUGCACUCAAGUAACCCUUCGGGCACCUGUUUUUUUUUUUUUUUUUGGAGCGCUCGGGUAAUGAAAGGAGGGCAAAUGAGUGCAUUUCCACAUUUCAAAAUAGCGCAUUGCGUCACGUAAAGAACAAGGGUGCAAAUGUUCCCUUUGUGAGAAGAGGCCCUAUUGUCUUUAACAUCACGUCAUUGACCACAAGUGUGUCGCGUUGCUUCAAUGGACCAUAAAACAAUUGUUUUCUGUUUAAUGGACAACAAAAAAAAAAAAAAAACAUGAAGGAGAGAAAUACAAAAUAAAGAGGACGGAAAACGGUGUCCUAAGUUUUAUGAUGGUCCCGAUGUCCGCGGUUUCGAUGCAUACAUGAUCACGUGGUACAUGAAGGCGGUUUCAUUCACCAAUUUAUUUCGGAAAAAAAAAAAUCAAAAUGUAUUCGGCCGUCAUUGAUUCAAAUGGUAGGACUCGUUGGUUGUUCCAUUUCAUAAUAAGUUCUUUUUUGUCGUUCAAUGACGACACGCUGUGUGGCCUGGUGGUGCCGUGAAUCAGUAACGAGUGUCCGCUCUCGUCAAUUUAUUGUUUGGGUGGAGGAUCUGAAUCACUUCCCUGUGGACAAACUCGCACGUGUGUUUACGUGCCUUUUUUUUUUUUUUUUUAACGUGUGCUUAUGUACGAUUUAUGGCCAUGUCAAACAUUUAUUUGUGUAUUUUUUUGUGGGGGCUUUUGAUGAAGUUCAAUGAUUAACUCCCACUGUUUGCUCAUGUGCUGAUCGUCAGGUGGAACCGCCACCCUGGUCCACAAAUCUCAACACGAAGACAUUUUUGUCAUUCCUGGCUAGGCCUGCGUUACAUGAAACGGUCAAAAAGGGGGUCGGAAUGCGUGUUGUCAUGUAAGGUAGGAAGUCAGUCGGCAAUGGGGGGAGAAGCUGAUAGGAGAUCAGUAGAAGUAGAACAGCGCCUUGAGGACAAAUCCAGUGGAAGGCCGAAGAAGCGUCGAGUUCCAAGGUGAAGACGUACAUGAUGACAGGAGGGGCCAGACCGUUGCUUUGGGUUCAACUCCGAAGGACAGGCCACUACAGCGUCCAGCAGAAUCACAGCGCUCUUCCCGAGGACAACCCAAGUGCGGAGAGCCAGCGGCCCAGGCCUUCCGUGUGCUCCAACCCUGGCUCCAGCCCCAGACGCAGUCCUCAUACCAGGUUGCGACCGCGGCCGCCAUGUCAACGCUGCAACUCCCAGGACUCCUUGGACGAGCUGGAGAUGGAUGACUACUGGAAAGAGGUUGAGAACAUCAGUCGCUCUGCGGAGAAGAGGGGAGGCGAGGGUGGAAAUGAGGAAGAGGAGCAGCAAAAACACCCCGACGAAGGCGAGCAGGAGGAAGCGUGGCUCAUGGAGGCGGGCCUAGCGCGAUUGUUUGAUGGUUCACUGCCAGCCGACCAGGAACAGGAAGAGGACAGUGCCGCGUUUCUUUCCACACUGACCCGAGCACAAGCGGCAGCGGUGGAGCGGCGGUUGACCUUGCUACACCAGACACAACGACGGUGCAACCGGCAACACCUGCCCGACGUCCGGGAUAUAUUCCGACUGCCUGAAAAGGACAAAGAGCCACGUGAGGUCCAAAAGGGAAGUGAGAGCCCGCCAAGUGACGCCAGCUCAACCGAACCGGAGACGGUCAUGAACGUGGACGUGGCGUUCUCAGAGCAGGCGCUCUCUUACAGGGACAACCAACCUCACCGCGUGGCGAAAAUGAGCCCCAACUCGCCGGAUGAUAAAUUACCGAACUUCAGGCUACUCAAAGAUAAAACCGGUCAGACCAGAGUUGGGCACCUGUCUCCGCCGGAUAUGAAAAAGGUACGAAGGUUUGCACUGGUGGAGAUAACGGCUCUUUUCGACACGGGUGGCAUCGAUCUGAAAGCGCACAAGGCUGUCAAAGUGAAGACGAAAGAAAGCGGUUUGUUUGGGGUUCCUCUCGUCACUUUACUGGAUCAGGACCAGCGCAGGGUAGCCAGUACCAAAGUGCCUUUCAUCCUUCAGAGGCUUAUCAGUCAUAUCGAAGAGGACGACGGAUUAGACACAGAGGGCCUGCUUCGAAUCUCCGGCGCCGCCACAAGAGUCAAGUCUCUGUACCAGGAGCUGGAGUCUUGCUUCUACGACGGCACGUUCCCGUGGGACCAGCUGAAGCAGCACGACGCCGCCAGCCUCCUCAAGUUGUUCAUCAGGGAGCUGCCGCACCCUCUGCUGACCGUCGAGUACCUCAACGCCUUCAUCGCCGUCAACAAGCUGCCCACCAAGAAGCAGCAGCUGCAAGCGUUGAACCUGCUGGUCCUCCUGCUCCCUGAAGCCAAUCGGGAUAGUUUGAAGGCGCUCGUGGAGUUCUUCCAGCGCGUGAUCGAGCACCAAGCCAAGAACAAAAUGACCCUGAACAACGUCUCGGUCGUCAUGGCGCCCAACAUCUUCAUGUUCAAAGGCUGUCGCUCAAAGGUCACGGAGCAGCAGGAGUUCUCCAUGGCGACCGGCACCGCCAACAUUGUGCGGCUGCUCAUUAGAUACCAGAACCUCCUGUGGACUAUCCCCAAGUUCAUCCUGACGCAGGUCCGGCAGCAAAACAUGGAGAGCCAGCGCAAGCAGAACAAAGAGCGAGCCAUGCGAAAGCUGCUGAAGAAAAUCACAGACAAACCGCCGGACAGGGCCACCCCUGAGCCCGAGAGCGCGCAGGGAUUCAUCCGCGUGCAGGCACCGCAGUUCAGCAAAGUGUCCAUGGUCCUGCAGCUCACCGAAGACCUGCAGGCGGCCGACGUGCUCACGCGCUUUCUCAGCCAGGACAGUGCUGUGAAAGUGAAGCGAGAGGACUUGCGUCUCUAUGAGAUUGGUGGAAACAUCAAGGAGAGGUGUCUGGAUAGGGAAACCUUCAUGAAGGACCUCUUCCAGCUCAACCCCGCAGCCGAGUGGGUCAUCAAAGCGGCACAGUGAAAAGGCUCCACUCCAUCCAAGUUCUUCAACCAGUUGGCUGCUACCCGCACAGUCCCACCCCCAAAGCCUUUUAACCACUUGAAGUGUUCGGACUGGGUGCAUGGAUUUGACAAAAAAAAAAUUACACUUGGUUUAUAUCCCGUGAAAUGUUCAUAUUUAAAGCAGAUUUGUAACCACUAGUUGUGCUCUUCACUGCCUGGAUGGUACUCAAAAGGUUGUGGAUGGUUUUGAGCAAUGACCUGCAUAAUCUCAUAAGCAGUGAGUUUGAACCCACCAAUCCCCCCCGCCAAAAAUUAAAAAAAAAAAAAAAUUACACCACAAAUAUGUAAUCCCCCAUCCUGUGUUCUCAUUGCUUGUUCGGCUGCCUUCUUCAGACUGCAUACAAAGUUGCCGGCCGCACCGCAGUGCAGUUUUUGUGUGCCACUUUUGAUUGUGUACAGUUUUCACAGCCUGCGCCUUUCCAAAGCUGUGAUGUUUGUGAGCCUUGUAUUACUUGGUUUACUGUGAUUUAAAAAAAA